CCGAAGCCCCACCCUCUUCCCCCUCCCACUCCCAAUCACUCUCCCGGCUGAUGCUGGAAUCGAGCGUCACUCCAGCUUCGGUGGCGCUGCAGACAUGGCGACGACGCUGACAGUGGUCCAGCCGCUGAGCCUGGACAGAGAUGUUGCCAGAGCCAUUGAACUGCUGGAGAAGCUACAAGAAUGUGGAGAAGUACCAGGACACAAACUACAGUCACUUAAAAAAGUACUGCAGAGUGAGUUUUGCACAGCUAUCAGAGAGGUGUACCAGUAUAUGCAUGAAACCAUAAACGUUAAUGGCUGCCCAGAAUUCCGUGCCAGGGCUACUGCAAAGGCAACAGUAGCUGCCUUUGCAGCAAGUGAAGGCCAUUCACACCCUCGAGUGGUAGAACUGCCAAAGACUGAUGAAGGCCUUGGUUUUAAUGUGAUGGGGGGAAAAGAACAAAAUUCUCCUAUUUACAUUUCUCGCAUAAUUCCUGGAGGAGUAGCAGAAAGGCACGGAGGACUCAAACGUGGAGACCAGCUGCUUUCUGUUAAUGGAGUGAGUGUGGAAGGAGAACACCAUGAAAAGGCUGUAGAGCUUCUGAAGGCUGCUAAGGACAGCGUCAAGCUGGUGGUACGCUACACCCCCAAAGUCUUAGAAGAAAUGGAGGCUCGUUUUGAGAAACUGAGGACAGCACGACGCAGACAGCAGCAACAGUUGCUAAUUCAGCAGCAACAGCAGCAAAAUGCACAGCAAAAUCAUAUGUCGUAGAUUAUUCUCCAGAAAGAAAUUCUAAAGAUCAAGAAUUCAGCAACUUCACAGCAAAGCUGUGCUUCAUAUUCCAACAUAGAGUGAAGCAGCAGCAGCACCGGCAAUACCACAAUUGCACUCACCAGCAAACUGUGAAUUACUGCCAUAAGAAUUGUUUGACAUGCCAACACCACAAUAGACUCUCUCUAUGAGGCUUUUCAGUAUACUGAAGUCUUAAGAUAAAAAAGGGUUGUUUGACCCUGAUCCUGUUGUAUGGUAAGAUUUUUCAAAAUUUAAGAAGUUGUUUUGAAAAGAA